AUGUUUCCCAAAAGCUUUAAUGGUAAAGAAAAUAUCACUGCGGUGGACUACAUCAACCACCAGACCUUGCUAGAGAAAGCUGCUUCUGAAAUCAUGCCUUACGACCCGAACGUCUGCACAUACACAUACGGUCCAAUCCGCCAGAUCCUUUUUGCAUGUCUCACUUGCUAUCGGAAUAACCCUAGUCGGGAAAUGAAUGGAAUUUGUUAUAGCUGCAGCAUCCAGUGUCAUCACGAUCAUGAGCUUGUCGAACUCUUCACCAAAAGAAACUUUGCCUGUGAUUGUGGGACUACCAGGAUCCCCACGAACGGUUGCUGCAAAUUGCGGUAUGCCCCUCUUCAAAAACCCACUAAUCGAACACUGGAUAAUGAUAAUGCUGCUGCUGCUGGACUGGUGGUUGAUUUGACAGCGAUAACUGCCCCACGCAGAAGUACUCUCAAAGAAGUAUGGAAAGAAAUCGCCCCCGAUGACAUUGCUUCGACCUCCAAUGUUUACAGUCAGAACUUCGAAGGGUUGUUUUGCUCGUGCGGAAAACAGUACAAUCCCGCAGUAGAAACUGGGAAUAUGGUGCAGUGCAACUUUGGCGGUGCGUGUAAUGAGGAAUGGUAUCAUGAAGAAUGUAUUUUGGGUUUGAAACCGGGAAUGGUCGAUCGUGAACGAAAACGUGUCGCUGUUGACAAGAAAUUCAUGUUCAGGCGGAAAUUUGGAGAUGGUGUUAACGUGUUAGAUAUUUUACCGGAAGCAGAAGAUGAAGCGGUCAAUAACUCAGAAAUUACCAAAGAGUUUAUUGGCACUGAACCAGGGUUGGACAAACAGGAUAAAAAUGAUGAUAAUGAUGAUGAUGAAGGACCACUUCCGUUGGAAGGCUUCCCUGACUAUGAGCAAUUUGAAGGGUUCAUUUGUUGGAGAUGUGUCAACCAACACAAGACAUUUUUCAACAAAUUGCUCAAAGUACACCAAGUUUGUCUUGAUCCAGUAUAUCAUGUGGGAGCGGCUGCAUCGCUACAAGAUCGUCUUGAAAAAAUCGAAGUGUCAUUGGAUAGUGAAUCGCCACCGAUGAAAAGGGUCAAAUUGGAACAAGAUGGCAAGGCUACGACAGUAAAAAACUAUUUAGAAUACCUGAUUUUCUUAAAAGAUGAUUAUCAAGAUUCUUUGAAGCAACUCUUCAUUGAUAAAAAUUCCCCGCUGGUUGAGAAGUGCAAAUUGCUGGAUUAUGGCGCCAUUCGGCAAUUCUUGUUGGACCACCAAUGCUUAUGGGAUGACGAACCGAUUUACGAACCUCCAGAAGAUGAAGAUUUGAAAUCUGAAUCAGGAAGCUCAAUCUUUGAGCUAGGAUCAAAAGUAUUGGAGCAGCUACCCCGCGAACAGGCGAUUGAGGGUGCACAGGCUUACGAAAUGAUCAAAAAUAAACUAAAGGAAUUCCUCAAACCGUUCGCCGAAAAAGGAGAGGUGGUGACUGAAGAUAAGAUUAGAACGUUUUUUGAUGGGAUGCAUGAAAAGCUUGAAGAAUAA